GCUGCUCCGGACUACAGCAGAGGGUCGGGUCAGACCUGCUGCGUGGGGCCGCAUUAUUGAAGAGAGCGUGGCCAGGCCCAGGCCGGCUUAGAAGCAAGAGAAAACCUGCAGAUGCUCCAAUCCAAGCAGUCGGCCAGGCAGCACCCAUGAAAAGUACAGUCGCCGUUUGGGGCCGAGGCCUUUCGGCAGGCCCGGUGUUGAAGCAACGGCUUCAGCCCAGACUUCCAGCAGAGAGCGGGACGGACCAGCGCCAGCCGGCGACAGGCGGGAGGGCGGAGUCGGAGGCGGUGACAUGCUGACGUCACGGACACUGAGUGCGAACCCCGCCGAGUGCGCUGCACGGUGAGUGCGCGGCGCGGCGUGUGCGUGAUGACGUCGAGCGCUGUGUGGGGCUGAUUGCUGCAGUCGCUUGUCAGUCUGAUGAAGAUUGGCAUUCAGGGUCACUGACUUCCUCUUCAUGAUGCAAAUGUGGGAACAGCUUUUCUUGAAACCAUGAUGGCAACACAGCCGAUCCCUCUUGAUUCCUAUCAGGACGAACAGUCGAUGCUACCUGGCCUGCUGAGUUCCUCCAGUACUUUUUGUGUGUUAUUAAGAAGGAUAAUUUGGAAUAUGAAGAUGCCAGUUGUACCACAGAUGACUAGCAACACUGAGCCCGGUUCCAGCUGCACCAAAUCAGAUCCUGAUGCAUCAAGUCCUGUACCCGCAGAGUCACAGACAUCUAUGGACGCUGAUAAGGGAGCCAUUUACAGACAUCCUCUGUUCCCACUCUUGGCUCUUCUUUUUGAAAAAUGUGAGCAGUCGACCCAAGGUUCUGAAUGUAUCACCUCGGCAAGCUUUGAUGUGGACAUUGAAAACUUUGUUCGCAAACAGGAAAAGGAAGGGAAGCCGUUUUUCAGUGAAGACCCAGAGAUUGAUAAUCUGAUGGUCAAAGCAAUCCAAGUGCUGCGUAUUCAUCUGUUGGAGCUAGAGAAGGUUAACGACUUGUGCAAAGAUUUCUGUAACCGUUACAUUGCUUGUUUGAAGACGAAAAUGAACAGUGAAAACCUACUGAGUUCUGACCCUGGUGGACCUUAUGCUUCUGUUCAAACUCAGCAGCUUCCUGUUCAGAAUACAACUAUCAGCACUCUACCUGGCACAAUCAGUCCCCAGGGAAUUGUGGUUCCAGCUACAGCACUCCAACAGGGAAAUGUCACAGUGACUACAGUGAACCCCACACAAGUUGUAUCAGGUGGGGCAGUUUAUCAGCCUGUUACCGUGGUUACUCCUCAAGGUCAGGUAGUGACACAAACACAUGGUACAAUCCGAAUCCAGAAUGCACAGCUUCAACUGCAACUGAAUCAAGAUGUGAAUGUCUUGCAUCAAGACAGUGAGAAUUCUCCAAAAAGUAAGCGUGGAGUGUUGCCAAAACAAGCUACAAAUAUCAUGAGGUCCUGGUUGUUCCAGCACAUUGCGCAUCCUUACCCCACAGAAGAUGAGAAGAGGCAAAUCGCAAGCCAGACUAACCUCACACUACUCCAGGUCAACAAUUGGUUCAUCAAUGCUCGAAGGCGGAUAUUACAACCUAUGCUUGAUGCCAGUAAUCCUGACACUCCGCCAAAGGCUAAGAAGAUCAAGACACAGAGUCGGCCGGUGCAGCGAUUCUGGCCAGAUUCCAUUGCAUCGGGAGCGGCUCAGCAGCACGUAGCAAGUAUUACCGUAUCAGACAGUGCAAUGGUCUCAAUAUCAAGUCCAGUGAACGUGAACGUGGACAGUCUGCAGUCUUUAUCUUCUGAUGGAGCAACUCUGGCUGUACAGCAGGUGAUGAUGGCCGGGCAAAGCGGAGAGGAUUCUGGUAACAGUGUUGAAGAAGAUGACAGCGAUCUCUCUACAACAAACAUAACUGUCCUGGCUUUAGAAAACAGUGACUCACUGCAAUAAGCACAAGUUGGAAACAACGUGAAAGACAUGGGAAGCACUCUGACCGGACAUUUUUAUCCUUUGCACUCACAGUGCAUUUUAUUUCUGAUCUAUUUUAUACAUUGGUAGGCGAGCACACUUUUCUAUCUCACCUUGUAUUGAAUGAAUGGGGCUUGAUUAUUCUCACAUUGAACUAACUGCUUUAAUUUGAGAAGAUGGGAACAUUUAUCGAUUGACGUACAGAUUCGGGCUGAAGGUUACAACUUUGCCUUCAUUCAUUCAUUCAGAAAUAACUGGCUGUAAUUGAUAGGUGAUUUGCAGAAAUUCAGCGUAACUGCUCAACAAACAAGAAGAAAUUAUUGGAUCAAAUCCUGCUUUGGUUUAUAGUUAAUGAAUUUUAUUGUAAAAAAAAACAUUUUGUAGACAGUGCCCCACGUACUUUGUACUAACUUUGGAGGGCAUGGGUCUCAGGACAGAAUGGAGCCCUAUUUGAAGUGAGCACCAGACACAGGAAGGUGGUAUUUGAAGAUAGUGGUGAGCACGGAGUCAGGGAGGUAUAUCACUGGCCAGAACCUGGUGCUGAGUAGUUGUAAGAUAUGCCCGCCCACGUUACAUAAUUAUCAUGGGCUGUUUCUUUACUCAUGUGAAGCUCUCGCUGAAGUGAAAACCCAUAACUACAUGUCAUUUCCUCCUCUUUAUGUUUAUUGCUGGAGCCUCUAUCAUCCCCACAGCUAGUUAGUGAAGGGGAAAGAAGAGCAGGCUCGGUGCUGAUGAUGGAACUAUGAUAUCAUAUCAUACUGUGGCACCACCAUGGGAAUAGUGUCCCAGGUGCCUGAACCAGUCCUGUGUGCAGGAGGAUUACAAACAAGUGGUUCUCUGAAGUGUAUGGCCUGUUGGAUAUAUGCUGUGCAUCGUCGCCAGCACAACCAGUGUGAGAGAUCAGCCCCUCAGCUAUGGUCUGUUCACUCUUUUCUGCUCAGUUUCAGUUCUUUAUUUGACCAACUUUAUUGAGAUUCUUUGUGCCAUUAAUACAAAUAAUGUAAGCUUUAUAUAUUUUAAGUAUUUUAAGAAUAAGUGCCGUAGCUCUGCAGUGAAUAUGGGUGCUAAUCAGUUCUUUGCUCCUUAGGGAAUUAUUCAUACACUCCUUCCCAUCCCUUCUCAGUCUGCAACUUCCUGGCAUUGGCUGUUCUUCCUAUGAGCCAAGACAGAUGAAGCUGUGAGGCAGCUUGAUUCCUCAGAACUGAAUCGAGCUCAGGAUCAGACCAGGGCAGGAACUCUCACUGCAACCCCAUGAGAGUCAGCUAACUUCGUAGAUUGAGAUAGAGAGUGAGUAUUUCAUAUCACCACACUCACCCACUGAGUUAGGAGGAGCAUCUUUACUUCAUUAUUAUUUGUCUCAUUUAUAAACUGAAGAGAAGCAUCAUACUAGAUUUAAAUUAUAUUCUUGUUACAAUGCUAUCAGUGGUCUGCUGUGUUCAUUGAUCAAUAAUGGCUAAAUGUGUGUGUUCACUGCUUCCCUGGACCAGGUGUGCUUCAUCAUUCAUUCAUUCAAAGGAUCGUCUUGAUUAGCAUCCAUUAUCCCAUCCACUGUGACCUCACAGAGUAAGUGAUUGCAAAGCCUUUCUCAGAGAGGCCUUCACGUUGUGGGUGUGCAUAUGUGUGCAUUCACAGUUUUAACAAGUGUGUGUGUGUUCAUUGUAAGCAUUUCUGAAUUGGUUGCUCCAUUAU